AUGGCCGCCAAGGAGCUCACCGUGGUUAUUCUCAACCACACCAACGAAGAACUCCAGGUGCAGCCCGAAUCCCCGCAACUUGAGCUUGGUGAACUGCUCGAUCCAUCGAAGCCGUCUCCACCUAAGAACAUAUUGGCAGGAGAAAGUGUAAUAUGGUCCUUCAGAUCGGCGCAUAUCGGCGGGGGCAUCCAAGGGCAAGUCGCGUAUCAGAUGGUCGGGUUCGAAGAGAACGCAUCAGUGACUUUCCACUGGAGCGUCCAUCUUGUUGGCACCAAUAAGUUCACUCAUACCAGUAGUGUGGACGGUUUCACAACGAGGGUGCUAGGGGGAAGCGGCCAACAACCUGUUGCGGUGUUUGUGCUUGAACAGAACAAGUGA